UCUGCAAUCACAGAAAUGUAGCUAAAUUGUCAGUCUGCCUCUUACGUGCUUUCCAGUAUUCCAGAAAGUAUGAAACAGACUCUGGCUGAGGUGCACGAAUGAAUGAAGGCACCCUCUCUACUCCAUGAGUGUUAAGUUUCGUUUUCUCUGAAAUUGCUGCUGGAACGGGUGGAGCAUCUGAAAGACGUGGCUGCUCAGGAACUGAGCGUUUUCAUCAAACGACAAGGGGAAAAGGAAAAUAUUUUGAUGCUUAGAGAGCAAAAUGUCCAUCAGUACUGGAAAGAAAAACAGCCUGUUUCCACAGAAGCAAAACAGCAGUCAGAAAGAAGCAAGUGCCUUGUGCAGCCAGUAUGAGGAGAAAGUUCGCCCGUGCAUUGACCUCAUUGAUUCUCUGAGGGCCCUGGGAGUGGAACGGGACCUGGGAUUGCCCGCAAUUGCCGUGAUUGGAGACCAGAGCUCUGGGAAAAGCUCAGUUCUGGAAGCGCUGUCUGGAGUGUCUCUUCCUAGAGGCAGUGGUAUUGUUACUAGAUGUCCAUUAGAGCUCAAGCUGAAGAAACUGCAGCACACAAAGGGAUGGCAAGGGAAAAUUGUGUACAAGGACACAGAGCAAGAACUGACUAGCCCAUCGCAGGUGGAAGAUGCAAUCAUAAGAGCCCAGAAUGCAAUGGCUGGUAAAGGAGUAGGAAUUAGCCAUGAACUAAUUAGCUUAGAAAUCGCCUCCCCAGAUGUUCCAGAUCUGACUCUGAUUGAUCUGCCAGGGAUUGCAAGAGUGGCUGUGGGCAAUCAACCUCAAGACAUUGGAAAGCAGAUCAUAUCCUUAAUUAAGAAGUAUAUUAACAAACAACAAACAAUCAAUUUGGUAGUGGUGCCAAGUAAUGUAGAUAUUGCAACUACAGAGGCACUGAAAAUGGCUCAAGAAGUAGACUCUAAUGGAGAAAGAACACUUGGAAUUCUGACCAAGCCUGACUUGGUUGACAAAGGAACAGAGACAGAGGUAGUUGACAUAGUCCGAAAUCAUAGAGUGUUCUUGAACAAAGGAUAUAUGAUAGUUAAAUGUCGUGGGCAGAGUGACAUCAACAACAAAAUAACCUUGGAAGCUGCAAUCCGGAAUGAAAGAGAAUUUUUUGAAGACCAUGACUAUUUCAGACCUCUUCUGGAAGAACGCAAAGCUACCAUCCCACUUCUGGCAGAAAGACUCACAAAAGAGCUGAUAGAACAUAUUACUAAAUCAUUACCAUUGUUAGAAAAUCAAAUAAAGUGCAAACUUGAGAGAGCCAAUAUCCAGCUACAGGAAUGUGGUCCAGGUGUGCCUGAGACCACGGAAGAGCAGAUGAUUUUCUUUAUACAAAAAAUCAAGCUAUUUAACCACAACAUUUCAAAUGCAGUGCAAGGCGAAGAAGUUUUCAUAAAUAAUAAAGAACCAAGAUUGUUCACAAAAAUACGGCAACUUUUUAAUGAGUGGCAGACAAUGAUUAACAGCAAUGCGCUAAACGUCAAAGAUAUUAUGAAAGAAGAAGUGUGGGGCUUUGAAAAUAAAUAUCGUGGUAAAGAACUCCCUGGGUUUAUCAAUUACAAAACCUUUGAGGCCAUUGUAAAACAGCAAAUUACCCUGCUAAAAUCACCAGCUAUUGAGAUGAUGAAGAAAGCUGCAGAUCUUGUACGAGAAACAUUUAUUCACAUUGCCAGCCAACAAUUCAAUAAUUUUUACCAACUUCUCAGAGCUGCUCAGAGUAAUAUUGAAGUUCUAAAAACGAAGCAAGAGGAGGAAGCAGAAUCUAUCAUCAGCACUCAAUUUAAACUGGAGCGUGUUGUGUACUGCCAGGACGCUAUUUAUAGUGAAGAUUUAAACAAUGUUCGAACAAAAAGUGUAUCUUUUACAGCUUUGACUGCUGCAAAGCAAUGUUCCAUGGAACAAAUGACUUACCACUUGAAUGCCUACUUCAAAAGUUCUGGAAACCGUCUUGGUACCCAAAUUCCUCUGAUCAUUCAGGGCUACAUUCUCCAAGAUUAUGCUGAAAAGUUGCAGGAUGCAAUGCUGCAGCUCUUACAGAUGAAAGAUCAGUUCAGCAUUUUCCUUCAGGAGAAAAACAAUGUUGCCAAUAGGAGGAAUGCUCUAAAGGAAAGGAUAAGCCGUCUCACCAAAGCUCGAGAGCGUUUAGCAAAAUUCCCCAUUUAACCAAGAGGUGUUUCUGUAUUAUUCCCAUCUGUCCUUCAGUAGUGAUACUUGACUAAAUACGUUGAAGAUACAAAGUUAUGCACAUUAAUAUAUGUUAAUAAGAAUGUAUUGAAACUACAUUUAUUCUGAAACUUACUUCAAAAUAGGCCUGCUUAGGAUUGCUCCUUCGGUAUGUAAUGUGCAGCUUCAGCUGGUGAGAAAGAGACCUCUGUGCAUCUUAGAACUGACCCACCCACCAAUCACUACUGUCCUGUGCCGCCUCAUCUGGCAGGACAUCUCCAUGGGCCUUUGGUUGGGCACAGAAGAACUACAAAGCUAUGUAUCAUGUUGUCAUCUUGACCAAGCUGGUUUCUUCAUCUAGAAAAAAAAUUAAAAUUUUUCCAGCAAGACUUUAGAGUGAACCAGUUCUAGACAGGGCAAAUUUCAAAACAUUGAACAAAAAGCUUAUAAUUUUUUCUUAGAAAAUUUGGGGUUUAGUUGAUAAUUGUGUUUUAAAGGUUUUUUUCCCCCAUUGCAUUUUUCUAUAUAUUAAUUCUUAGAUUUCGGAGGCUGAGAGUUUCAAAUCUGAUGCAGAAAAAAGGUUGACCAUUUAAAAUAAAGCUGUCAUUGCUAUGCUUA